UCUUGUCCAGGGUCACAUGGUUAUAAAUGGCGAAGCCUGGCCUGCAACACACGUGCAGUUCUACCACAGUCCUGCUCCCUACCCACCACAGGAAUGACUCUCCUUGACUGUGACCCAAAUCUUUCCCUCCUCCAGCAGAGUUUCAGCCCAUUACCUCUAAGCCUCCACACCCUCACAAAUUCUUUACUGCUAUCCUCUCCCCACCCACAUCACCCACCAGCCAAACCACACAUUUAAUUGGUUGACUUUCCCCAAAGACUGUUUCUGUCAGCCUCUGAUGAUCGUGGCUCUUCUUGGGGCAGGUGAAGUAUGUGGGUGGGAAGGGUGUUGCCCUCUGGACUUCCAUCCAUCUUUCAGGAAGGCUGUUCAACUUUCUGCUCUUUGUCUUCUGUUCUGGCGUCUCUCUCAAUAAGUGUUCCGCAGCCUUCUGGAAUGUAUGUGAGCACCUCCUCUCUUUGCUCUCAGCUUCAAGCGUUCCUCACUCUUUCAGAUUGGCCGCUUUCUUCCCUCCCUAUCCUAUUCGGGGAGGUGCUGCUCACCAGUGAAGUUCAAUGGACACACUUGGAACUUACGGUCUAAGAUAGGGGUCCUAGCUUGGCAACCACAUAUUCUAACCCAGUACUUUUCAAUCUUGAGUCUCUUAGGGAGUUUAAAAAACCCCAUGUCAUGGGGCGCCUGGGUGGCUCAGUCGGUUAAGCGUCCAACUUCAGCCCAGGUCAUGAUCUCGUGGUUCGUGAGUUCAAGCCCCGCGUCGGGCUCUGUGCUGACAGCUCGGAGCCUGGAGCCUGUUUCAGAUUCUGUGUCUCCCUCUCUCUCUCUGACCCUCCCCCGUUCAUGCUCUGUCUCUCUCUGUCUCAAAAAUAAAUAAACGUUAAAAAAAAAAACAAAACCCGAUGUCUGGACUGCACUCAGAUUGAUUAAUUUAAAAACUCAUGUGGGAGAUAGGCAUCAGUGGUUUAUAAAGCUCCCCAGGUGGUUCCAAUGUGCAGCCAAGGUUGAGGGCCACUGGAAAAUCCAGGUAAAAUUGUUUCUGGAUAAGCAUAUGUGCACUUCCUGGCAAAGCUAAGCCAUAGCUUUUAGCAGAUUCUCAAAGGUGUCCAUGGCACCUUCCUCCUUCCCUUUCCCCACCUCAAAAAGGGCCCAGUGACUGGUCUAAGAUAAUAAAUAAGCAGGGAAAACUUGCCAAUUUUUCAGGAAACACCAAAUACAUGUGUUAAUUAAAUAAGUUAGGCAUUAGCAUGUAGAGCAGAGAAAGUACCUGUUGUUGCUUCUUGGGAAUGUUCUGUUUGGUGGGAUGGGAGAGUCCCUAUCUCUCCCAAUUAGCUGGGAAAACUGUGUGAUUUCAGAUGCUGCCCCUACACAGGUCUGAUCACAUCACCUAACUGUCCCACGGCUACGGGACCACAACGUCCUGGUUUCUUCAUGACCUAGCUCCAGCCACCCUUUCUAGCUCAUCUCCCUCACUUCUUCACACACUUGAGCCCCAAGAGGAUGCUCACUGUUCAGUUUUCACACACCGUGCCUUUGCUGUUAUUCUUUCCCAGGCUCCACCCCCUUCCCCAACUCUGCCUGCCUUGGGAUGGGCCUAGGAGGGGAGGAAGAUAGAAGAGAAUGGCUGGAGGUGGGUUCUCUGGGGACAGAAGGUACUCAGUUACAUUUGUCAAAGUGAGUAGGGCAGCGACCUCAGGAGUUCCUGCUUGGGGAGUAGGGGGAUGAUGUACAGAGAUUCAGAGAAGUUCUGGCCUUCGAGAGACUAAGAUGCCAGUGUCGGGGAGGUGGACCAGUGAUUUGAGGAGUGCAGGGAAGCAUACUAGGUGCUCUGAGAGGAAUAUGUGGACGGGACCUGUGGGGUGGGAGGAGGAGUUGAGGGUCUGGAAAGACUUCAUCUAGAAAGGGACUGAUUCCCAGUGUCCCAGAAAGGACCCCAGUGGAGAGAGAUGGGCCUAAUCAGGAGGCUGAGACUAGAUUAUAGAGGGCAUUGAAUGCCAACCUGAGGACACUCACCACACACAGACUGAGCCCAGCUGGUGCCCCCAGGUCUUGCCAGCUUUUAGUCUUGCUCCCUCAGGAAGUCUUUGCUAUAUGAAGCUGUUGAGGCAUAGGAGCUAAUUUUGAAGCUGUGUCUUCUGCUUAGGGGUGUCUAAACUUGGGAAGGUGCUAGCUUUUUGCAGGGAGCCUUGGCCUUCUGUAGAGUCUCCUUUCCCACACUGCCCAUGUUCCCAGGCCCCUAGAACAAGUCAGGGAGCCAGGAUCUCUGACCCUAUAGAUAAGAACAAUGACUGUACUUCCCAACCAUAAGUCAGGUGGGACAUAGGUAUGAAAAUGGACUGGAAAAUGGGCAGUUAGAGGCCUCUCAGAAUAGCAGAGGAGGAGUGGAGUAACCUCCAGAUCCUUGGGUUUGAAACCCCGUGCUAAGUGCUGGGAAUUCAGUGUUGACUGACACCACACAGACACUGCGUCUAAAGCGCUGCAAGAGAAGAUGUUCAAUAAAUGUUGAACAUCUGCUUUCCUGGGCUGAGAAUCCAGGUUAAACAGUUGUACCUCCCCCCCCACCUCCCCCUGCAAAGAGGUGGAUGCCCCUCCCCUAAGGCCUUCACCCCUUCCACUUGGGCUACCAGGAUUCUCUAAUUGUUCUACACUUUAAUAAGGCACAGAGGGCUCAUUAUGUAUAUCCGGGAAAUCCUCCCCUCUAAUCCAAAUCAGGAAUUACAUCUGUAUUAAUAAACAUUUUAAUUAACACUUACCAACUGCCAACAAAGUGUUAGGUGUAAAUAACAGGUGGGUGCAGGUUGAAGUAAUGAGACUAGACAGUCACUGCUUCCUUUCUAUUCCAUUCAGAAAUUUCAAGAAAUAAUUCAUAUGCUAUCUCUUUUUAGAAACAAGCUGAUAAAUUCUCCUGAACCCCGAAACUAUUAAUACACAAAUACUUAUCAUUGUUUGCCAUUUAAACAUAAAUAUUAAUAAUUUAACUUUGGCAUGGUGCCUCUCAUCUCGGAUUCAUUUAUUCUUUCACUCAGCAGACAGUCAAAAGGUGUUGGAGGCACUGUUCUUGGUGCCAGGAUACAGCAGUGAGUGAAUAAGACAAAGUUCCUGAUCUUAAGAAGUUUACAUUGUGGUAGGCAAAGACAGAUAAUAAGGAAGCCAACAAAUACACCAAAAAAUACUAAAUGGUGAGACGUGCGGUAGGAAAAUGUAAAGUGGGGUAAGGAGAAUAGGGAGGGUGUGUGUGUGUGUGUGUGUGUGUGUGUGUGUGUGUGUGUGUGUGUGUUGCUUUCUUUCUGUGGCCAGGGAAGGCUUCACUGAUUAGGUAACAUUCAAAUGACACAAUUUACUGGUUUAUUACAUAUAGGUCAUGAGAGAACGAGGUGUCUGGUUGGCUCCUGGGCUUUUUACUUGAGCAACUGGAAACAUGGAAUUGCCACAUACUGAGAUGGGGGAUGCCUUACGGGUACAGACCAAGUUCGGGAAGUUGAUUUUGGUCAUGUGAUAUCAAGUAGGCAGUUAAAUACACCAAUCUGGAAUCCAGAGGAAAGGUUGAGACUGGAGAUAUAAAUUUGGAAAUCUUCAGCUCCUGGGUGUUUCAAAACCCAAGCUAGGUGUGACCACCAAGGGGAUAAGUGUGGACAGAGGAGAUUCGAGGACUGAGCCCUGGGCAUGCCUCCACUGAAGGGUGAAAAUGGUGAGGUGAAAAUGGAGAAAGAAUUGUUGAUGAGGAAGGAGGGAAACCAAGAGAGCGGAUACCUGGACACCAAGUGAAGAUAGUUUUUCAAGAGCAGGGAGUGAGCAACUGUGUAAAAACAAUGCUGAUAGAUGCUGAGUAUAAUGAGGCUCAAGAAUUGACCAUGAGAUUUGGUUGUGUAGGGGUCGAGGCCCUCACCAGAACAGGUUCUAUGGAGAGGAGGAAGGAGGGGAGGCAAAAGUUUGAUGCCAGAUUCUGAGAGAGACAGAGAUGUUGUCUUAGCCAUUGGGUACUGUUUUUGAAGAAACCAGCUAUAAAAGACAGUUUGAAUAUGGACUAGAUACUAGGAAACUAUUGUUAAUCUUUUAGAAGUGAAAACAGUAGUAUAGUUAUAGUAAUCUUAGUCUUGACAGAUACCUACUUAAAUGUGUAGGGGUGAAGGUUUGUGACGUCUGCAAUUUAUUUUCACACAGCUUAGCAAAAAACCAUAUAUAAAAAUAUAUUUAUUUAUUCAAAUAGUAUACAGAGAGAGUAGAAUGUUAACAUUGAUUGCAUUGGGUAUAUGAUGUGUUCAUUGCACUAUUCUUUCAACUUUUUGAUAUGUUUGAAAUGCCUCUUUAUAGAAAAUUUGGGAGAAAAUACAGAUUCUGGGCCUCACUGGUGGCAAAUGGAGCUUUUAAAAGGCCACAGGUGACUCUGCUAUACCAUCUAGGGAUGAGAUCCACUGAUCCAAUGCCCCACUGAGCAUAAAACCGAGGUGUAAAUAGUUGAAAGACUUUCCAAAGGACAGAACAAAGGCUGAAAUUCAUGUUUCUUGGCUUCCAGUCCUGUGUUCUUUCUUAUAUAUCCUUUAAAGGAAUUUCCUAGAUAAGAAACCUUACCCUCUUAAACACCUAAAACUAUUUGUCAGCAAACUGCACAAGGUAAGGAAGGAUUUGGGCACCUACAGCGUACUCAGUUGUUAAAGUCAGAUUAUCAAGAGGACUGAAAAUUAUUAGAGGGUGAAAAAACUAUAAGGUACGAAGGGCAAGGGCAGUCCUAAUUUUUACAAACUUGAAUUGUAUUGAAAAGCUAAAUUUUCUCUUUUAAAUAAUUUUAUUACUUUUAGUGAAUAUAAUCCAUGAGAUUGAAUUUUAUUUCACACAUUUGUUAAGAUUUAAUAUAUAGACAAAAUCAUAGAUGAGGAAAAAAUCUGAAAGUCUUGAUUGUUAGUUGGGGAAUGGGGUUACAGAUGAAGUUCCUAGUGUUGAAGGAGUUCCUUGCAGAGAGAAGUGAAGAACUGAAGAUGCAGAUUAGGUCCCAAUGUUUAGUGGGAAAGGCAUGAGUCUUGGCAUUCAGACAAAAUCUGGGUUCGAAUUCUGACUCUGCCAUUUACUAGUUUUGUCACAUUAGGCAACGUAUGUGAGCACUCCAAAUGAGUUAUUCAGUCCCUCUUGCAGGCAACUGUGCUGGGUGCUCUAAUAAGGCACGUUAACAUAAGAUACGCAAGGUCGUGCCCUCCUAGAAAUCCAACAGAUAAUUAAGGAACGGGGGAUAUUCAGGUGGAGGUUCUAACCCUGAAGGGACUAAGAGCAGCUCUUAACCAGGAGGGGAUGAAGUUGGGCCGGAAGAAGCAAAAGAAGGCAACAUUUUAAGGAAAUAUGCGGGAGCCUGGUAGUCUGGAGCAGCUGAGAAACACAUACAUAGCCUGUGGCUUUAAUGCAGGCCUGUGCCCCGGAAGAAGUUGCUUGUUGAGUGCUUUGGCCGAUUUCGGAGACUGUUGGGGGAGUUGUCGCCAUGUUCCUGUCCGCGGUCACCUAACCAUUCUGGUGAAAAUGCUAAGCCAAGCUGGGACAGGUUACUCCUUCAACACUAAGAGAAGCCGACUACGGGAGAAACUGACUCUCUUACAUUAUGAUCCAAUUGUUCUUCCCAGGUUGGCAUCCCUGGUCACCACUCACAGAUUACCAGUGCCAAACUUGAUGAAAGCAGUAACCUUUCCAGUCUCCACCAUCAGUCUGAAUGGUGUCCUUCACCUUGAUGAGGGGAUCAGCAUAGCAGAUGAUGCAAGCAUAAUGGGUGACCAGUGAAAACAAAAGUCCUCUUUGUGGAACAGAAAAAAAUACGCUCCCUCUAAACAAUGGAUUGAAAAUGAAUUUGAUUUAUAAAUGAGAAGACUGAGGGCGGGAUACUGAUUCAGAAAUUCUGCAGCGUGUAAUAAAAGAAGAGGAAAUGGCACGGAAUCACUGCCUCCUGUGAUUUGAAGGCCAUUGUGAAGGAAAACAAUGGACUGAAAGAAAGUUCUUCAUAUUAGGACAUAUAUCAUUGCAUCACAUUUAUUUAUCUUUCUGGAUAUUUUUAUAGCCCUUAAUAAAAAAUAUUAAAAUAGCGUGUA